AAUAUUAUGUUAUUUAUUUAGAAUCUAGCUAAGAAAUCUUGAUACUAAUUCAUCUAAAUCUAGAUCUAGUCUAGAUCUAGUAAUAUAGAUCUAAAUCUAGUUUAAAUCUAUUAUAUUAGAUCUAGAUUGAGACUCUAUUUAGAUCUAGGUCACGUAAACAUAAACCAGUUCUAGUAUGUAGUUAAUUUAAGCAGUUUGAUAUUCAAUAUCAUAUACUUGGAAGCUUCAACUGGAAGUUUAUUAGUAGAAAGUUCUACUUUAUAUCUUUCUCCAUGAAUCAUAGUCUAUAAGAUCAAAAUAAAGAUCUAUUAUAUACUAUAAAGUAUAGAUAGAUCUAUUCCAAAUAAUAAUGCAGCCAGUGGAGUUUCAAGGAUACAUUUCAAAAUUUGGCAAAUCAUCAGAUAAUUUGCGAACAGCUUGUAAAAAAUGUGGCUAUGGUGGCCAUCUAACAUAUCAAUGCAGGAACUUUUUGAAAGCAGACCCCAGCAAAGAGGUGGUCUUAGAUGUCAGCAGUACAAGCUCGGACACAGAGGAUGAGCCUUUUAUCUCACCACUAACACAGUUAAAUGGAGCUAAAGUUUCAAAGUUAGCAGAGAUAUCUAAAAGUGAUACAGAAAGACAUAAAAAGAAAUGUUCAAAAAGUGGAUCCUCAAAAAGCAGAAAGAGGAGCAAGUCCAAGAGAGAGAAAAAAAAGAAGAAAAGCAAGGACCACUCAUCAAGUACUGACUCAGAAUCGUCUUCUGGUGAGGACAGCAAGUCUUCAAGGAGAAGAAAGAAGAAAAAGCACAAGCAUUCCAGUGACCAGGCAGACAGUGAUCAAGACAGCAACAAUGACAGUGAUGCUAAACCUAAAUAUAAAAAGAAAAGGAAGCACAAAUCUAGACACUCUGAGAGUAAAGAAAGAAGAAAGUCAGAGAGAAAAAAAAGAAGUCAUGUUUCUCAAAGCUCAAGCUCUGCAGACUCUGAUUCAGACAGCAGUGAUGAGGAAAUACAUGUACCCAGUAAAAAUCGCAAAAGAAGCCAUUCACACUAAAUAAACUUUAAAAAAUGUAAUCAUUUGUUUUUAAAUUCACACACAAGGUUGCAGCAGGGACUAUUAUUUAACAAAAUAACUGAAAUAAGUUAAUUCAUAUAUUUGUAUUUUUUGUAAAUAAUAAAACCAGCACAGUUUUUAUUAUCUAAAGCAAAACAUGCACAUUAAUGCAUUCAUAGCAUUGGAAAAUGUAUAUUAUUAAAUAUGUUUCCAUGGGACAUUUUGACUGAUCUUUGUUUACAUACCAGACUUGUUACCACCCUUGAACUUUUCAGCUAAACUUCAUGAUUAAAACAAAAGUAUUUUUAGAUCUUAUGUUGGAAAAUGUAUUCCAGACCUUAAACUGAUGUUGAGAGAAAAUGUUAUUGAAAUAGAUCAGGAACCUUUGGAACUUGUGCCAGAGAAAGGCCCCAAAUAAUCAUUUUUAGAUUUUCUUGUUGUCAAAAAAAAACAGAUAUUGCAUAGUUCAAUUUAUUAAAAAACAAACAUUGCUAUGCCACAGAAGCUUCUUCCAUUGUAAUUUAUAAGCUUAAAAAUAAAAAUUAAAUUAAAAAAAUAAAUAAAAAGUAUAUUAGGUAAUCAGCUUAUAACAAUGAAAUAUAAUUUUGAUUAAUUUGACUUCUUUCCCUCUCCCUGCUUUUACACCACUCCUGCCAGAAGUCACUCUUUCAGCCACAGAUUUUUAACUAAUUUUUAAGUCUGUUUGGACAAACUUACUUUCCUCUUUCUUGAGAAUUCCAAAUCUGAGAAAUUUGCUGGUGAUCAGUGCAGGGUACAAUAUAAGUAAACCAAACUUGCAAUUUUUAGAUUGACCGUAACUAGUUAUAUUAAUUUUCACAUUCUCUUUUGACAGUCAGUUUAUAUUGGUCAGGAAUGUUUGUAUGUAAUUAUUUGUGUAUAGAAUCAUAAGUUCUUUUGAGCACACUUUAACUGGAUUCAUUUAUUUGAAACAAUUGAUACAAUGAUGAUGUUUAUGAAUGUCAUCUUGUUAAUGUGCCAGGGCAGUUUGCAUUGAGUUGCACUUGCGUUUUGACAUUAGUAGAAAACAAAAAAGAAACAUUGCAGUACUCUUGAGACAGUUUGAUGUGCUGUGAACAAAACACAUUUCAGAUUUAUAGCUAAUUAAAAUGCACAAUUUUAAUUCUGAAAUUUGUAUGUUUGUAACUUAUUAAACAAUAUAGAUUUGGUUUAAACAUGAUAAGCCAGGGUCGAUUAAGAUACCUUUGAUCUGAUCAUAUCAAAAAUGAAAAAUAAAAAGUUAAAAAUACAGUAUUUCUAGUUAAAAUACUGCAUUAAUGACUAAGUUUUUAGAAUUAAGAAAAAAAAUUGUAUGUUUUUCACUUGCAUAUGUAUUUCUCUGAGUCAUUACAAUUUUUUAACUUUUUAAAUAGUUUGUUCAUCUCUUGAUGGCUGAGAUAGAGACAGUUGUGUGGAGUUUAUUCUUAAAACAAAGUUGCUUCAAAUUCGCAACCACAAAUUACUUAUGGCUCUUCAAUAAUGAAAUUAGUUCAACAACUGACUUUUAAUUCAAAACAUUUUUUUUUUCAAUUUCAAAAUUAAAAGAAAAUGUUUAAUAGCUGUUUCAUGAGUAAAUUUAUAUAAUUUGUAAAGAUUUUUUUCUCCAAAUUAUGCAUAUGUUUAUAUAAAAGAAUUGAUUGAGUGUCACAUUAAUUUCAACAUGUUUUUUUGUGUGCCUGUCUCUGAACUAGACCAUCUCAGUCCGUCUAGAGAAAUGUGAGGUCAGCAUAGAUUUGUUUCUGUAGGGUAUGAUGGUAGUCUGAAUAAAGUUUGAAAAAAUGGUUUGUUCGACACUAAUAUUUUAUAAUGGUUGACACUAAAAUUUUAUAAUGAACUGCUCAAAAUAAAAAAUACCAUUUAUAA